GGGGCUCUCACGUUGAUGCAGUGCAGUGUUCGGACUUCAAGUAAAUAAGCAGUAUUUAUUAAAAAACAGCUGAUUUUUGACGCCGAACUAACAAAACUGUGGUCAUGUCUCAGAGGGAGCUGAAGGAGGCGUUUGUCAGUAAUCUCAAUGGGACCAGUCUGCAGGAGGUGGCACUGGGCUCAUUUCUCGCCCCGCUAUGCCUCAUCCAGAGAGGAUUGAUAAUGAUCCUCUACCAUCAGGCCAAAGGGACUCUCCCACUCCCACUCCCACUCAUUUCUCACCUUCUCCUGGACUUCUCUGUGCUCAUUCUUCCCCUCGUCCUGUCGUGCACCGUUCUGAGCAGCUCUCUCCACCAGGUCAUCGUGAGCCUAGCCGUCGUUUCAGCUUGUGUUUUAUGUUUUAUCUAUCGUAACAACACCCGUCCUUCCACUCAACACCAGAGCACUAUCAGCACCUUUCUUCAGAGUCACGUUCAGUUCGACCAGGUUCCCUUUGUGACUCUUUUCCGAGUGCUUGUAAAUGUGAAAACAGCUAUCAGCAUCCUCGCCGUAGACUUUAGUGUCUACCCAAGGCGAUAUGCUAAAGCUGAAAUUUAUGGGACAGGUGUUAUGGACUUUGGGGUUGGAGCGUAUGUCUUUGCAAAUGCUCUUGUGUGUCCAGAGGCACGGGGGAAGAACAUCUCCGGAUCCAAGAAAAAUCACAUCACAAAGCAGCUCCUGUCCGUUUGGCCUCUGGUCGUUCUUGGCAUGGUGAGGCUGGUGAGCGUCAAAAUGACCGGCUACCACGAGCAUGUGAGAGAAUACGGCGUCCACUGGAACUUCUUCUUCACCCUGGCCAUCGUCAGAGUUGUGACCUCUGUGAUUUUGGCUGUUUUACCAGCCAGACGGUCCUGGAUCUUUGCCCUUCUGAUCGGUGGACUUUAUCAGCUCACUCUGGAGACAUCAGGGCUGAAGGACUUCAUCCUCUACAACAAUGACAGAGAAAAGGACUUCCUGCAUGCUAACAAGGAGGGCAUAUUCUCUGUACUGGGUUAUGUAGCCAUCUACAUGGCAGGAGUUCAGGUGGGACUCUAUGUGAUGCAGCCAAGAUCUCAGGUUAGACAGUGGCUCAAAGCACUUUGUAACCUCUUGUUGGGAAGUUUUGUCCUGUACAUUGCUUUGUACAUAUGUCAGACACUCGUGGAUCCAGUUUCUCGCUGCUUAGCUAAUUUAUCCUUCUGCAUCUGGAGUACCGCUCAGUCUUUGUUCUUUAUGUCCUUCCUCGGCAUAGCUGAUAUAGUUUUACUGUUUUCCAAAAGUGCAUCAGGCUGUCACUUUAUACCGUCAUCGUGGAAUUUAGAUAAGAAACAAUCGGACUCUGAGAAAAAGACGGGCGACGUGGACAGACGCUGCCUCGUUCAAGCCGUCAGCAGGAAUCAGUUGUUGUUUUUCUUGCUCGCAAACGUCAUGACAGGACUGACCAACUCCUUAGUGGACACGCUCAACUGUGGCAGUUUGUUUUCAGUGUAUGUUCUGCUGUCGUACAUGUUCGUGAACUGCUUGGUAAUAUAUGUUUUACAUCUCUGUGGAAUCACAGUAAAAUUCUGGUGAACUGAUAUUUGUUACUGUAACAUAUCUGUGUGUUUGGGAUUAUUUGAGGUGACACAAUUUAAAAACACUGGGAAGAGGUAAUGCUAUAAGACGAUAUGAUCUGUAAUGCUGGGCAUGAUGUGUUUAUAUGUAAAUGAAUACAUACCUUGAUAGAAAUGUUGUUGUUGAAUGCAGCAUGUUGUUAUGUGAGCUCUAGAGCUUUUACUCUUCUGUAUAUAUUCUGUAUAUAUGUACAUAUGUUUGAUCCCAACAUCCUGCUCAGAUCUCAGUGGCUGCAACCUCUAUACUUAAUUAAAUUAUUCUUUUUAAGCAACAGUCUAUUCACCAUC